AUGGUACGAUUCAACCCUGCCACGCCUGUUCUAAGCACAUGCGCACAUCCCGUACCGACCACUCUUGCUUCCAGGCUCCCAUCGCCGCAGCUCUGCCCAUCAUGCAUGAUAAUUUCCCAAGCCCGAGACAUCGAGGCUGUACAGGAACAGUUUGAAUUGCGCGGUGGUCUUUUCCAGUCCAAAGAAGGCGGCAAAGGCGACCAUGCGAGCCCUGGCCACAAGGCCGUCAGAAGAAACUGGCGCAGGGCAAAAAUUGCACUGACCAAUACUGUGGAAUUGUUCGAAGACUUACUCAACGACACAAGUGUGCCAGUCCAGGACCUGACCAAGCUGAGAGAAGCGCUCAAUAUAUGGAACUACAAGAAGGUCUUGCUGGGUAGAGUGCCGGGUCUAAGAUACGUUGACGGUGCAGAAGAGGGAGAGCCGACCGAGUUGGAGAAGGAGGGCGCGCGUUUGUUGAUGAAAUGGUUGAGGAUGGUGAUCGAGAAAGAGAUGGAAGAAGAGUGGAGAGACGAGGUAACAUCCGUGUCCGCAACAGGAUUGAACGAACCGCAGCAGGUGCUCACGAUGCCGGAGUCAACUGAAUUGGAUCCGUUAGUGGAAGCUUUGCGCAGUCAGCCACCGGAGGCUCAGUGGAUUUCAGCACCGGAACCGAAACCGAAAGAAAGUUUAGACGCAUAUCCCACAGCCACAGCAAUAACUGCGACCCCGCUGGCAUCCGAGCAUAACUCCGCGGUCCCAAAAUCGAUCCUCAAGCGCCUACGCACUCGCACCAUUCCAGGCAGCCAAUCCGCCUCACCAUCGCCUAAACGGGUCCGCACAACAGAUUUGGUGACUAUAUCACCCGAGCAUCAUUACGUCGUCAAUCCCUCGCCCUUUCAGCCGCUCUCUCGCACAGCAGUCGUGCUACCCCACGCCGACCACACACUUGCCGAAAACCAUCGCGCGCGACCUAAGUUCCAUCGCACAACUCCAGCCUACACACCCGGCGUAUGGGCAUCGGAUGCUUUCAGCGAAAAGGUGAAUACUAGUUUCCUUAGCAUGUCGCGCGAGGAUAUGGAGAAGCAGUACGAUGAGGAUUCAGCAGAACAAGAGCAGGAGCAGAUGUUGGCGGAAAAGCUGAAGGAGACGAGCAGAGGCUGGGUGGCGCUUUGGUGGGCGAACAAGGUCGCUCCGCACUUGGACCUGGAGAAGCUGAAGAUGGAAAUGCUAGCACGAAGUGGGGAGACGGAAGUGAGGUAG